GGCUGGCUGCCCGCCCUGCAGCUGCUGCGGCGCGGCUCCAAGGCGGUGACGCGGCACUGGCGGGCCAUGCACCCGCAGCGCCACAAGCUCAUGGCCCUCACCGAGUACCUGCCCCCGCGGCCGGCGCCGCCCCCGCGCUGCCUGCCCCGCCCCGGGCCCCCGGCACACCAGGAGGACGGGCAGGCGCGGGCGCUGCGGCUGCGGGCGCAGGCGGUGCUGGCUGCCAGCCGCAUGCUGGCCGUGUGCCAGUACAACUCCAUGCCCGACGAGGACCUGGCCACGCUGCGCCACUUCCUGCGCCGCCACCAGAUCCAGCUGCACUUCGUCCUCAACGAGAUCAUGCGGCCGCUGCUGGCGCAGUCCCGGCUGCAGGAGCUGCUGCCGCUGUUCGUGUGCCGGAACGUGCUGCUGGUGAGCGCCGAGCCGAGGGCCAGGGAGCUGCUGAGAGUGCUGAGGGGAGCACCCCAGCUCACCCUGCUGGGCGCCGUCAUCGACGACACCAUCCUGAGCCGCCGGGGGCUGGAGAGCUUCGCCCAGCUGCCGCCCCUGGAGCUGGCCCGGGCCCAGACGGUGGCAGCCCUGGCCCUGCUGCCCUCCCACACCUCCUGCCUGCUCCAGCAGGGCCCUGCUCGCCUCACAGCGCUGCUGGACCAGCACAUCCGACGGCUGCAGGGCGCUGGGAGUCACUGAGCUGGGAACUGGGAACCAGCUCCUUCCCCCAGAUGAGGGACUGGGGGGGAUCGUGGACACAAUUCUCAUGGAAUCAGCUCCAAAUAAGAGGGGAGUUCCAAAUAAGAUUGGAGGUUUGACACUGAGGGUCCUGACAGGAUUCCUCUGCAGCGUUCCAGCUGGGAUCAGGGAUCCCUGGGAUCAGCCAGAGGAGGAGGAGGAGCAUGGGAUGGAGCCUGCAGGGAGGAUUUUGGGCACUCUGAACCCUGUGCCUUCGCAGUGGGGGUGUGCUGGAGCACUGGUCCCACCCCCGGGGUCGCUGUCGUGUCCAUUAAAGGUUCUGUGUGGA